GCUUCCCCGGUGACGUCACGAUACUGGGCCGCACUGGUGAAACUACAGGAAUGCGAGUCUCACUACUUCUCUUUCUCGGUCUGGAGCGCUCUGUUGUCGCGCAAAUGAAGCAAAAGUUACUCUUUUACAUUGCGGCGAAGGAACAUUACGACGUGAUCUGAACAGGAUUCAUCAUAUUGGCAGGAAUCACCUGGGAAAUACUUUUUAGUUUUUCUAAAAUCGAGUGUGGUGGAAUCGGUUCACUUUCAACACGAGGCUGCCCGGAAUGUUUUGCUAUCGCCGUUUGUUUUUAUCAGCGAUCUUGAAAUGAAACCAGGUGGAUCACGGAUUUGCGCAAGAAUCGAGGUCUGAUGCCCGGCCCUCGCCAUGUUCAGCAAAAAGAAGAAGCAGCGGAUCCAGAUCUCGGCGCCCUCCAACUUCGAGCACCGCGUCCACACCGACUUCGACGAGCAGGAGCAGAAGUUCGUGGGGCUGCCGCGGCAAUGGCAGAGCCUGAUCGAGGACACGGCCAAGCGGCCCAAGCCCUUCAUCGACGCCACGGUCAUCACGACCGUGGAGCCGCGCAAGACCAUCGUGCGGGGCAGUAAGAUCGGGGCGGACGGCUCUCUCUCCUGGCUGCUGGACGAGUUUGAGACCAUGUCGGUGACGCGCUCCAACUCGCUGCGGCGCGGCAGCCCCCCCGUCCAGCCCCGGCGCGACUCGGGCUCCUCCCUGGGGGUUCAGGAGAACGGCGAGCCCCCCCACCGACCGCACCCGCACCCCGAUCGCCAUAGAGACAGCCGGGAGAGAGAGCGACCCAGACAGGACGUCCCGGGCGUGGACCCCCGGCAGUCCCAGAGGCCUGCCCGCGCCCCCCGGGAGGACUACCGCCCUCAGCAGCAGCCCCGGGGCCAGGAGCCCAGCCGCCAGCGCGAGCGGGAACGCCCCGGGCCCCCGCCCCCAGCCCCGCCCCACAGAGACAGGGAGCCCCGCCCAGAGCAGGUGGUGAGGCGGGAGGGGGGCGGGGACAAGCGGCCCAAGUCCAGCUACACGGGCCGGGACGGCAGCCCCCAGUCCCCCCGCGACAAGAGACCCCUCUCCGGCCCCAACAUCCGCACCCCCAACCUCCCGGUGUCCGAGGGGGUGAUGAAGACGGCGCAGCAGACGGGACGGCCCUUCAACACGUACCCCCGAGCCGAAAGCGACUCCGGCAGGAGCCCCACCAGCCAGGAGCCGAAGCACAGCAGACCCCGUGAAGCCCUCCCCCACAACGGCCCCUCCAGCGGGCCCAGCUGGGUGGGGGGCCCGGGGAGCAAGCCGGCCCCCGGGCAGCCCAGAGGAGACCCCCACCCGCACCACUCCUCGCACCCCCUCCUGGGCCCGGAGCCCCCGCACCCUCACCCCCAGCCGCACCCGCACCCCCCGCAGCCGCAGCAGCCGGCCCCGCCCCGCCUCCCGGCCCCCGCGGGGCCCCCCCAGGCCCGCUCGCCGCAGCGGGAGCCCCAGCGCGUGUCUCACGAGCAGUUCCGCGCCGCGCUGCAGAUGGUGGUGGACCCCGGCGACCCGCGCACCUACCUGGACCACUACAUCAAGAUCGGCGAGGGCUCCACCGGCAUCGUCUGCAUCGCCACCAUCAAGAGCACCGGCAAGCUGGUCGCCGUCAAGAAGAUGGACCUGCGCAAGCAGCAGCGCCGCGAGCUGCUCUUCAACGAGGUGGUCAUCAUGCGGGACUAUCACCAUGACAACGUGGUGGAGAUGUACAACAGCUACCUCGUGGGGGACGAGCUGUGGGUCGUCAUGGAGUUCCUGGAGGGUGGGGCUCUGACCGACAUUGUCACACACACCAGGAUGAACGAGGAGCAGAUUGCCACCGUCUGUCUGUCUGUCCUGAAAGCUCUGUCUGUACUGCACACCCAGGGGGUCAUCCACAGAGACAUUAAGAGCGACUCCAUUCUGCUCACCCAUGACGGCAGGAUAAAGCUGUCAGACUUCGGCUUCUGUGCCCAGGUGUCUAAAGAAGUCCAGCGGCGCAAGUCUCUGGUGGGGACGCCCUACUGGAUGGCCCCGGAGCUCAUCUCCAGACUGCCCUAUGGGCCCGAGGUGGACAUCUGGUCCCUGGGCGUCAUGGUCAUCGAGAUGGUGGACGGGGAGCCUCCGUACUUUAACGAGCCCCCCCUCAAAGCCAUGAAGAUGAUCCGCGACAACCUGCCGCCAAAACUCAAGAACCUCCAUAAGGUGUCUCCUCUUCUCAAGGGCUUCCUGGACCGAAUGCUGGUGCGAGACCCCGCCCAGAGAGCCACGGCCAAUGAGCUGCUGAAGCACCCCUUCCUGAGCAAGGCGGGCCCGCCCUCCUGCAUCGUGCCCCUCAUGAGGCAGAACCGCAUGAGAUGAGCGCUGUCAUCAACCCGCGCCGUACCCCCCACCCCACCCCGCUAAAACGGACCCGGAACAAACCGACAGCGCGGGGCACGCGCAAGCUCGAACCAGGGGCCAGGGGAGCGAGGCAGAGGGCCAGGCCUCCAUUUCUGGUCACGCAUUUUAAAAUCCAGAAACAAACAAAAAAAAAACAAUACAAAACCUAAGGUUGGCUGGACU